AUGCUCAAGCUCCGCUCCAUCGCCCGGCCCGGUGCCGAGGCCCUUCUCCGCCCUGCUGCACAUGCCCGCGCUGCCCUCCCCACUUCGAUAGCAAGGUCAUCUGCCCGCUCCAUCAACACUCGCGCUCUGCAAUCCGCGAGGCCCCAGCUGCAGCACCAGAAGACCUCCGCUCUGCGCACCUUUGCGACUACCUCCAGGAUGGCUGCCAACACCAGGACCGAGAGCGAUGCCUUCGGCGAGAUCCAGGUCCCCGCCGACAAGUACUGGGGAGCUCAGACCGAGCGCUCGCUGGAGAACUUCAAGAUCAACCAGCCCCAGGACCGCAUGCCGCCGCCCAUUGUGCGCGCUUUCGGUAUCCUGAAGGGCGCUGCCGCCUCUGUCAACAUGAAGUUCGGCCUCGACCCCAAGAUUGGCGAGGCCAUCCAGCAGGCUGCUGCUGAGGUCGCUGACCUCAAGCUCGUCGACCACUUCCCUCUCGUCAUCUGGCAGACGGGUUCCGGCACCCAGUCCAACAUGAACGCCAACGAGGUCAUCUCCAACCGCGCCAUUGAGAUCCUGGGCGGCACCAUGGGCUCCAAGAAGCCCGUCCACCCCAACGACCACGUCAACAUGUCCGCUUCCUCCAACGAUACCUUCCCUACCGUCAUGCACAUUGCCGCCGUCCUCGACUUCGAGGAGUCGCUGCUCCCCGCCCUCCGCAGCCUCCGUGACGCUCUGGACAAGAAGGCUAAGCAGUGGGAGAAUCUCAUCAAGAUCGGCCGUACGCACCUGCAGGAUGCUACGCCGCUGACUCUUGGCCAGGAGUUCUCUGGCUACGUCCAGCAGCUCGACUUCGGCAUUCAGCGCGUCGAGUCGUCUCUGCCCCGCCUGAAGAUGCUCGCUCAGGGCGGUACCGCCGUCGGUACUGGCAUCAACACCUUCAAGGGCUUUGCCGAGGGCAUUGCUGAGGAGGUCACCAAGAUGACUGGCCACCAGUUCGUCACUGCCCCCAACAAGUUCGAGGCUCUUGCUGCUCACGACGCCAUCGUCGAGGCCCACGGUCAGCUCAACACCCUGGCUACUUCGCUCUACAAGAUUGCUCAGGACAUCCGCUUCCUUGGCUCUGGCCCUCGUUGCGGUCUCGGCGAGCUGAAGCUGCCCGAGAACGAACCUGGCUCGUCCAUCAUGCCCGGCAAGGUCAACCCCACUCAGUGCGAGUCUCUUACCAUGAUCUGCGCCCAGGUCUUCGGUAACCAGGCCGCUACCACUUUCGCUGGCUCUCAGGGUAACUUCGAGCUCAACGUCUUCAAGCCUGUCAUGAUCAGGAACCUGUUGCACAGCUCCAGGCUCCUGGCUGACGGUAUGAGGAGCUUCGAGAAGAACCUCGUCGAGGGUCUCGAGGCCGAUGAGGCCAAGAUUGCUUCCAUCAUGAAGGAGAGUCUUAUGCUCGUCACCUGCCUGAACCCCGUCAUUGGCUAUGACAUGGCCUCCAAGGUCGCCAAGAACGCCCACAAGAAGGGCAUCACGCUCAAGGAGAGCGCUAUGGAGCUCAAGGCUCUUAGCGACGAGGACUUCACCAAGUAUGUCCGUCCUGAGCUCAUGAUUGCUCCUAAGGAGAAGAAAUAA